UCGGCUCCCACAGCUAAGUACGCACACAGGCAGCGUGGUGACACGACGUGAUUGGCUGGCCUCGCACAGGGAGGCUGAAUUGAGCAGCAGCAGCAGCGGCUGCAGCAGUAGCGGAGUGUUUCGCAGCUGCGCUAGAGUCUGAAGAGUUACAGGCGCAACUCUCUCCGGAGCCUUCACGCAGCACCCAUAAACUUGUUAAAAAAAAGUUAAGUUUCUUAUCAAAGUGGACUAUACGGUGUAUGACGCUCUGUGUGUGUGGGUGUGUGUGUGUGUGUGUGCGAAAGUAUUGCAGACUCUUUGAAACUCGAUCGGUCCAAAUCAUCCUCCAGGUGCCAUCCUCUGGUUCAGCACCAUGUCAACCACGAAGAGCCCUGAGUCGGUUGACUCCUGUCAGCCAUCCUCCUCCUCUUCUUCUUCUUCUUCUUCUUCUUCUUCCUCCUCCUCCUCGGUGGAGAGCAGCCGAUUCCUGGAGUCCGGUUCGGACCCGGGGUUGGUCCCCGUGGCGCGGCCCUCGCUGCUGGCACGACGCCUGGUGCGUUUACGAGCAUGUCGAAGUCACCUGAGUCCCGUCAGACGCCGCAAGAGGGAGAUGAUCCCCGCCGAUAAGAAAGAUGCCACCUACUGGGAUAAGAGGCGCAAGAACAACGAGGCGGCCAAGCGGUCCCGGGAGAAGCGGAGGAUCAAUGACCUGCUGAUGGAGGGCCAGCUGCUGGCCCUGAGUGAGGAGAACGCCCAGCUGAGGGCUCAGGUCCUCAACCUGCAGUACCACACUAACCUGAGUUUGGAACAAGGCAAAGCUGUCCCUUCCUGUGCAGCAUCCUCUACAUCCGUGCUGGCAUCCACUCUGUCUUUAUCUCCGCGCACUCCUGCUUUUCUACAGGCGGGACUCUGGCGCAGUGGUGGCAGCAGCCCAGCUGCUGUUCCUGGUCUGAGGCAACAAGAAACAGUAGUGCACUCCUUAGAGGGCAAGAUUCCUUGUUUUAGCCCCGUUUUUAACCCACUAAGUCAUCAUUACUUUGUCACACAAGGCCCCUUGCCUCUGCCAGGCGCCAGAGUCCUCUCCCAUGGAGGAGCUGCGGGGGUCUGCAGGCCAGCAGAGAGGGACGUCGAUGCCCAGCGACAGGUCUCCCCCAGCAGCAACGACAUCUCCAUUUCUACCGACGCUCCUCCCCAGCCACUCUUUGCAUCGCUUCUGCCCCCUUUCGACCCACUCCACCAUGCCCCCACCGUCCCAUAUCAGCACCAGAACUGGGUAAUACCCCAUCUCAAUCACCCGGCGAUGUGGCGCUCCUCAUACCUGCAGAGAUCCAGCGUCUACCCCGGCCGGCCCGUUCACAUACACGGGAGACAGGGCCAGAGCGUCGGCGUGGAGGACCACCUCCAGAAGGGAUUCAUGAGCCGACUCAACACGGAGCAAUGAGAAACACUCAGGAUGCUGCAGUAAGAGUGGGCACCUGCAGCUAGAACUUGACAAAAAAA